AUGAAUGUUUAUUUAAAUCUCCUUUUUUUCACUUUCAUCCCCGUUGAGGUCACUUUACCUCUGGAAUAUUGUCCAUCUCAUUGCCAGUGUGACUGGGACAUCUGCAGUGUGUCAUGUUUUGGGACUGAGGUCAUACCUGAUUUCCAUGCCAGCACAAAGGAGGUGUGGCUUGUGGAAACAAAACUCUCUUCCAUUCCUCAGAAUGCCUUUGCCAACUUGGCCAACAUUUCUCAAAUAUACAUCUCUGAUGAUGACACCCUUAGAUAUCUUGAAAGGCAUUCUUUCUACAACCUGUCUUGGGUCACCCACAUACAACUUACUGCCAUCAAAACACUGUCAUACAUUGACCCAGAGGCAUUUAAGGAUCUGCCUAAUUUAAAGUACCUUGGGAUCACCAACACAGGUCUCACUUCUUUUCCUGGACUACAGUAUAUUCAGUCCACACAAGAGGAUUUUAUUUUGGAGAUAGUGGAGAACAUCUUCAUUGAAGUCAUACCUGCUAAUUCUUUCAGGGGUAUAUCUGAGAAUUCUCUGACCAUCAUCCUGAAUAGUAAUGGUGUGAAAGAGAUUCAGCGCUAUGCCUUCAACGGGACCAGACUGGAACAAGUGUAUCUUCACAGAAAUGUGGAUUUGGAGCGAAUAGAUGAGUUUGCAUUUUAUGGUGUAAUUCACGGCCCACUUCACUUAGACCUCUCAGAAACCAAAGUUAGCUCUUUGCCUUCAAUAGGUAUGAAGACCAUUGAAAAGCUUCAAGCUAAAAACACUUGGACCCUCAAAGUACUCCCCCCCUUUAGAGCAUUUCACCAUUUACAGAGUGCUGAAUUGACCUUCCAAAGCCAUUGUUGUGGCCUCAAAAUGUUGAAAAGAUGGAGAGGAUACUCUGAGGCAGUUAUUUGCAACUUGACCUGGAAUGCUUUGGGAAAUCAGCAUGAAUCAUCUACAGGUUUCUCUAAGAAAAUCUAUCAACAUCUAAAAGACAGCUUCGCUCUCCAAACUGCUGGCAGGACAAGUCACAUUUAUCACUACAAUGACCCCAUUUGCCCAAAUGAACAGUCUCAAAAUGAGGGUUUGUUUAAUGUUGAGGUACCAGCAAAAUAUCCCUAUGAAGAUUUUGACUUUGCACCAUGUAAUGAACUUCAGGCAGAAAAUCAUCGACUCUUAUGCAGCCCCAUGCCUGAUGCCUUCAACCCCUGUGAGGAUGUGAUGAGUCAAAGCUUCCUCAAAGUAUUGGUCUGGGUGGUCAGUCUGUUAGCCAUUUCAGCCAACCUCCUGGUGAUGUUCAUUCUAUUGACCAGCCGACAGAAGUUGUCAAUUACCCGUUUCCUCAUGGGUCACCUGGUUUUUGCAGACUUUUGUAUGGGGUUAUACUUGCUGCUCAUUGCAUCUGUCGACAUCUACACGCGCUCCCAUUAUUACCAGUAUGCUAUUGCCUGGCAAACAGGAACUGGCUGCAAUCUAGCAGGGACAAUAUCAUUGUUUUCCAGUGAACUAUCUGUGUACACAUUAACAUUAAUAAGCCUUCAGCGCUGGCAUGCCAUCUUCUACGCAAUGAGGCCAGACAGAAAAUUGAGGUUACGCCAUGCAGUUGCAUUGAUGCUUGUUGGUUGGUUGUUGUGUGUAAUCAUAGCACUGCUGCCAGUAAUUGGUGUGAGCAGUUACCAGAAAGUGAGCAUCUGCUUACCUAUGGAUACUGAGACAGCUGCUGCAUGGGUGUAUGUAGUUUCUGUCCUGAUGGUUAAUGUCAUUGCUGUUAUAGUGGUGUGUUUGUGUUAUCUCCACAUCUACUGUAUGGUGCACAAUCCCCAGCAUCAGUCCAGCCAAAGUGAUACCAUCAUGGCCAAACGUAUGGCCAUUCUCAUAUUCACCAACUUCCUGUGUCUGGCUCCCAUUUGCUUCUACGGCUUGUCUGCAACUCUGCACCAACCACUGAUCACCAUCACAGAUUCCAAGGUGCUGCUGGUGCUGUUCUACCCUCUGAACUCUUGUGCACACCCAUUUUUCUAUGCUAUCCUCACAAAGGCAUUUCACAGAGACAUCCUGAUGUUGUUGAGCCGGAUGGGACUAUGCCAGCAACAAGCACAAUUCUAUAGAAGCCAGUUUUUCAGUAUUAAUCCCCAGAUCAUGCAUUCCAGCACCACACCAUGA